GAAUAAGUAAACACAAAUAACAAGUACUAUUAAUCACACACACUCUCUAAUCAUUUGCAAAAAUGGCAGAAGCAAACAGUUCACAUGUAGCAAUCAUACCAAGUCCCGGUAUAGGUCACCUCAUCCCACUCGUCGAGUUAGCAAAGCGACUCGUUGACAAUCACGGUUUCAUCGUCACUUUCGUCAUCCCCGGCGAUUCUCCUCCGUCUAAGGCUCAAAGAUCCGUUCUCAACUCUCUCCCUUCCUCCAUAGCCUCCUUCUUCCUCCCUCCCGCCGAUCUUUCCGACGUUCCAUCAACGGCUCGAAUUGAAACUCGGAUAUCGCUCACUGUGACUCGUUGCAACCCGGCGCUCCGGGACCUUUUUCGCUCGUUAUCGGCGGAGAAACGUCUCCCGGCGGUUCUCGUCGUCGAUCUAUUUGGUACGGAUGCGUUCGACGUGGCUACUGAGUUCCACGUGUCGCCAUACAUUUUCUAUGCAUCAAAUGCCAACGUCCUCACGUUUCUGCUUCACUUGCCGAAGCUAGACGAAACGGUGUCGUGUGAGUUUAGGGACUUAACCGAACCGGUUAUGAUUCCCGGUUGUGUCCCUAUAACCGGUAAAGAUUUCGUCGAUCCGUGUCAAGACAGAAACGAUGACUCGUACAAAUGGCUUAUCCACAACGUCAAGAGAUUCAAAGAAGCUGAAGGGAUUCUAGUGAAUUCCUUCAUCGAUUUAGAGCCUAACACUAUAAAAAUUUUACAAGAACCGGCUCCUGAUAAUCCACCGGUUUACCCCAUUGGGCCGUUGGUUAACUCGGGUUCAUACGAUGCUAACGUGAACGAUGAGUACACGUGUUUAAAUUGGCUAGACAACCAACCAUUCGGCUCGGUUCUAUACGUAUCAUUUGGAAGCGGCGGAACACUCACGUGUGAACAGUUCAAUGAACUCGCUCUUGGUCUUGCGGAGAGUGGAAAACGGUUUAUUUGGGUCAUACGAAGUCCAAGCGGGAUAGCUAGUUCAUCGUAUUUUAAUCCACAUAGCCAAACUGAUCCAUUUUCGUUUUUACCACAAGGGUUCUUAGACCAAACCAAAGAAAAAGGUCUAGUGGUUGGGUCAUGGGCUCCACAGUCUCAAAUUCUGACUCAUACAUCUAUAGGUGGAUUUUUAACGCAUUGUGGAUGGAAUUCGACUCUAGAAAGUAUUGUUAACGGUGUACCGCUCAUAGCAUGGCCGUUAUACGCAGAGCAAAAGAUGAACAAAUUGCUACUCGUGGAGGAUGUUGGUGCGGCUCUAAGAGCACGAUUGGGUGAAGAUGGGAUCGUAGGAAGGGAACAAGUGGUGAGAGUGGUCAAAAGAUUGAUAGAAGGAGAAGAAGGGAAAGCGGUAAGGAAUAAAAUGAAAGAGUUGAAAGAAGGAGCUGUUAGAGUCUUAAGGGACGAUGGAUUCUCUACGAAAUCGCUUAAUGAAGUUUCGUUGAAGUGGAAAGCCCACCAACGAAAGAUCGACCAAGAAUAGGAAUGAGAUUAAUUGUAUUAAAAAAUCAAAAAAUUC